CCCCCCUCUGAUGAAAAUACUCCCGUACCAGCCAAACAAGAUGGGUUUGAAUCACUCGGGAGAGGGCGAGAGGACCCAAGGCUGAAGGGGGAGUGGUCAGCCACCAUGAGUGUCAGAAUGUCCAGCUACAGCAGCGGUGCAAGCUUAGGUGGCGGUAUUAGCAGUGGAUCUAUGAGAAGAAGCUUUUCAAGUAGGUCUGCAAGUGCAGCACCCAUCGGGCGGAUGAACUCAGUGUCAGUCCGUCGGUCGGCUGUUGGAGCCGGCAGCAGCAGUGGCUUCCAGUAUGGAUCGGGAAGCAGCCACAGCAUGAGCGGAGGUUACGGAGGAGGCGUGGGUGUCGGAGGAGGUUAUGGCUUUGGUGGAGGCCACGGCGCAGGCAUUGGUGCAGGACUCGGUGGAGGAAUUGGAGGAGGUUUUGGUGGAGGUCUAGGUGGAGGCUAUGGCGGAGGUUAUGGCGGAGGUGUUAGUGGAGGUUAUGGUGGAGGUCUGGGUGGAGGUUAUGUCGGAGGUAUUGGUGGAGGUUAUGGCGGCGGUGUCGGUUUUCCACCCAUCACCUCCGUCACGAUCAACCCCAGCCUCCUAGCCCCUCUUAACCUAGAGAUCGACCCCAACAUCCAGCUUGUCCGUACCCAGGAGAAAGAUCAGAUCAAGAACCUCAACAACCGCUUUGCUUCCUUUAUUGACAAGGUACGGAUUCUGGAACAACAGAACAAAGUUCUCGAGACAAAAUGGACUCUGGUACAGGAACAGACCAGCAGCCGUUCCAACAUCGACACCAUGUUCGAAGCCUACAUCGGCAACCUGCGCAGACAACUGGACGGACUUGGCAAUGACAAGAUGAAGCUGGAGGGAGAAUUGAAGAACUUGCAGAAUAUGGUGGAGGACUUUAAAACCAAGUAUGAGACAGAAAUCAACAAGCGUGCUGGAGCGGAGAAUGAAUUUGUCCUGCUCAAGAAGGACGUUGACUCCGCCUACAUGAACAAGACUGAGCUCGAGGUCAAAGUUGAGGCUCUUCAAGAUGAAAUCAGCUUCCUCCGUGCCAUCUAUGAGGAGGAGCUGAGUGAUCUUCAGGGACAAAUCAAAGACACAAUGGUUGUUGUGGAAAUGGACAACAGUCGCAACUUGGACAUGGAGGCCAUCGUCGCCGAAGUUCGUGCUCAGUAUGAGGACAUCGCCAACCGCAGCCGAGCCGAGGCCGAGAUGUGGUACAAACAGAAGUUCGAAGAGAUCCAGACAUCUGCCGGCCAAUAUGGAGACGACCUCCGCAGCACCAAAGUUGAGAUCGCUGAGCUCAGCCGCAUGAUCAGCCGGCUACAGAAUGAAAUUGAAUCUGUUAAGGGACAGCGUGUCAGCCUUGAAACUCAGAUCACUGAGGCCGAGGUGCAAGGGGAGGCUUCAGUGCAGGACGCCACGCUCCGCAUUAGACAAUUGGAAACGGCUCUACAGAAAGCCAAGCAGGACAUGGCUCGCCAGGUGCAUGAGUACCAGGACCUCAUGAACGUCAAACUGGCCCUGGACAUUGAGAUCGCCACCUACAGGAAACUUCUGGAGGGAGAGGAAAUUAGGAUUGCGACUGGCGGUAGCGCUGCCACCAUCCACAUACAGGAGUCGGGAGUGAGCUCCAGUAGCGGAGGCGGUGGAUUCGGCAUGGGAGCAGGAAUUGGAAUGGGCGGCGGUGCCGGAAGCGGAUUCGGCAGCGGGUUCGGAUAUGGUGGUGGUGUGGGAGUGUCCUACGGUAGUGGCGGAGGAAUGUCCUACGGAAGUGGCGGAGGAAUGUCCUACGGAAGUGGCGGGGGAAUGUCCUACGGAGGUGUUGCGGGAAGGUCCUUCGGCAGCGGAAGCCUGACCGGUGGUAUGGGAGGUGGCAGCAGUUCAAUCUCAAUGUCCCGCUCCUCUAUGGUCCAUGGAGGAAGCAGGACCUUUCAUUAAGCCAAAGAAAUAUACGUCAAUCCAUUUCCCACAUGGCAACAUGCUCUAAUCCAUGUCUUUUUUUUUCAAUAUUUGCCCAAAGUCCUUGAGCAUUUGCCGACAUUAUUAAUGUGUUCACCCACCCAAAACCUACCAUCAACCAAAGAGACAUUCACUGUGUUUGAUUUUUUUUGUCCUCACUAAGUCCCACGGUUAGUACCUUUUUGUCCUGUAGGUGGCACUCGAAAGAAUAAAACCAGCUCAUGAGAAAUGUAACAAGAAACUCAAGGUUUUUCAGAAUAACUAGUGUUCAUUACUUUUAUUACUCUGUCAUGACACACAGUGAAUGUGUUUUCUUCCAAAGGGAUUUCGAGAAAUUUUUGGAAGCAACUCCACUGUUUUCUUUCCCUCAUUUGAGCUGUUUUCAUGCUGUCACAUUAUUUAAUUGUAUUCAUUAAAGCUCAUGUUCCACAUGUACCACAUUCAGACACCAAUAAAUCAGGAUUACAUACAA